AUGGUGGACACAAUCUUUUCGGACGUCGCGCAGCCGGACCAAGCUCGUAUUGUUGCCUUGAAUGCUCAUAACUUUUUGAAGAAUGGUGGACAUGCAGUGAUCUCAAUUAAAGCCAACUGUAUUGACAGUACCGCAGAACCGGAAGCAGUAUUUGCUGGUGAAGUCAACAAGUUGAAGGAGGAGAAGUUUAAACCGAGAGAGCAGGGUAUAAUGACAAGGCAAGAGGCUAUCCAAGCUGUGCAGACGUUUGGCCGCAAGAAGACUGCCACCGCAAUUGCUCAUUGCAAAAAGGGACGAGGUCUCGUCAAGGUCAAUGGCCGCCCACUCGAACACCUGGAACCCCAAAUCCUCCGCAUGAAGCUGCAGGAGCCUCUUCUUGUUGUGGGAAAGGAGCGCUUCCAAGAUGUUGAUAUCAGAAUCCGAGUCAGCGGUGGAGGUCAUGUUGCACAGAUCUAUGCAGUACGACAAGCCUUGGCUAAAGCUUUGGUAGCAUAUUAUCACAAGUAUGUCGAUGAGCAGAGCAAGAAAGAAUUAAAGGAUCAAUUUUUCGCAUACGAUAAGUCACUUCUUGUUGCCGAUCCUCGUCGCACUGAAGCCAAGAAAUUCGGAGGACCAGGAGCUCGCGCUCGUUACCAGAAAUCCUACCGUUAA